AUUUCUUCCCUUAGGUGAGAUGAUAAAAAGCAGUGUCUGAAAAUUACCCCCCCCCCCAUACACUAUCACUCUCCUUUAAAUAAAGAAAUCCUCCGUAUAUCAUUUAGGGUGUGGAUUGAUUUCCCUCCAUUUUCCAGGCUUUGACUACCACAGAAGCCACACUUGCAUUUGACCCCAAGGACUAAAUAUAUUUGAUCUAUGGUUUUAUAGUUUAACUAGCAAAAUGGGUGAAUGAUGGAUAAGGAUUUAAAUUUUAGAACUUUCUAUACUUAUUAGAGUGUUGUGUAUGUAAUGCAACAACAUCAAAAUGUGUUUAUACAGUAGCUAGCUAGCCAAUAAAUCAGAUAAAUGUAAGCGAGCACUAUUAUGAUAACUAUAAUAAUGUUUAUUCUGCGUUUGUGUUUCUUAAAGGGGACAGAGAAUGAAAAACCAUUUUUACCUUUGUCUUUGUUGAUGGUAGUGUAUUCACAAGCAUACAAAAAGUGCUAAACAUCUCAGUCUCAUAGAAAUUCCUCUUUUAGAAAUGUCAGCCAGAAAACAGCCCAAUCUGAAAAACUGAUGCUUAUGACAUCAGAGGUAUCUCACUGCCCCUUCACUUUAAAAUAAUUGGCUACAUUUUUUGAGUGGCAGCAACGUCAGCCAAUCAUUGAGAUUGCAAGUUAAGCCAGUAGGGCGAGCCAAAUAGGUGCAAAACCACUUGUUUAAAAUCCCCCACCCUAAUAGAGCUAUCUGAGAGAGGUUUUUAGGAAGCUUCUAAGCCAUUACAGACCCAAACAAAAAAAAUUUGUCUACAUGUCACAUCACAGAACAAGGAUAAAUACUCCGUUCAAUCAUUCUAUGUCACCUUUAAUGAAAGAAUCUGUCUCAGGGUUCCCAAGGAGUCUUAAAAAGUCUAAAAUUCAGAAAGUUAAAUGUAAGGCCAUAAAAACUGUUAAAAACAGCCAGAUCUUCAUCCUAGGUCUUAAAUUUAAUUAACCCAAGUGUUAAUUUUCGUACCUCCGUUUAUUCCCGAAAAGCGUUGUCCGCAAAUAAAUAAAAUAGCAAUUUAAAAUGCUGUAAAACUACUCAGUGACGGAGGAAGAAAGUAUAGAAAAUGAUAGAAUAAAAAUAUCAUGUUUUGAGAAUUUCUGAGAUAAUUUCUGAGUCGCGUUGGUCUUAAAUUUCACUCAUAAUGGUCUUAAAAAGGUCUUAAAAAGUCUUAAAUUUGACUUGGUGAAACCUGCAGCAACCCUGUGUCUGUAGGAGCCAUGUUAAGUGUAUGUCAUGUGACUGUGGGAGAAUAAAGGCGUCAUUAAUUAUGUAGGGUUAAAAUACCUGUGUGUAACUUUGGAAGCAGGAGCACAUAUUUUUUGGUUGACUGUAUAAUCGUAUAUUCAUUCAGACUCAGUAUUGUUGACUUCUCUUUUAUUCUCUACUAUAUUGAAACAAAUAUAACGACACGCCUAUAAUCCCACCCACUGCGAAGUGAUACUAAACUCAAUGGAAAAGCUAACCACACCAAAGUGAGGUGAGCUGGCCCGACUUAAACUAAACCGUGGGGUACUAUGCAAUGGAAAAGCGCCAUUAGUGUGUUAUGUUGCUAUAUUAGCAUAAAUAAUAACUGUAAAAUGAUAAAGCUCAAAUUUCACUCCCAGGCUAUAUUUCCACUCCUUAGCAAACCUAUUUGAAAUUCUAUUAGAUUUUUGUCAAUGAUUUUGUCAAUAAUUUAAAUAUUUUUUCUCUAUUGUUUUCUCUGGCCGUAUUAUUUCAUUCAGGCUGAGCUCACUUUGUGCCUCCAGUACAGACAUGUUUCACAUGGAGCUAUAAUUCAUGUACAAGUAUUACGUGAGGUUUAGGUCAUGUUUUCACUCAUCUUUAUUUUUGUCUGUUGCUUUUGAAGAUUAAAACUGAGCAACAAAGAGCGUAAAAGUGGGAGGGAGAUAGAAACUGGUGCUCUCAAUUUAUCCCACAGCAUCUACAGAUCAAAUAAAAUAAAUAAAAUAAUGUUUUUGUAAUCUGGGUGGGUCCUGAUUCAUCUACAAUGCAGGAAACCCUUGCUGUAAUAAUCAGAUGAUGUCUGAAUCAUUUCACUUUGACAUGUGUAAUUAACUUCUAUUCAAAAUCUUGAUCACUCGAUUUAAAUAAAAUAAAACUGCAUGGAAACGUUUAUUCAAAUUAAUAAAAAAAGGAAAAUCGCCCAGGUCUACACCAAACAUAGAUUCAGAUUCUGUAAUUAAUGCUUGAGAAAAGAUUCUGAAGUGAAACAUUAACUCUUUCGCCACCAGCAUUUUUUUUUAAAAAAGUUGCCAGCCAGCGCCAGUGUUUUUCAUGAUUUUCACAAAAGUUUAAUGCCAUCCAGAAAAUGUUCUUCUUCAAAUAUAUAAACAUACAAUAUACCAAAUAAAAGAACAGACCCUCUGCUUUCAAAAAAAGUUUCAUCCUACCUUCAGUAGUUCUUUUGUAAUCAGCUUUUGCAUAUGGGUAGGUUUCUGCAAAAACACCACAUUUUGAGUAAAAAGCAGAGAUAAUUCCAUUUUUGUGAUGGACUUUUCAUAGAGAUCCCAUUCAGAGCGAUCUUUAAAACAGACACGGACAUGCAGCAGCUUGCCAUAGGGCAAUACUUCCGGGUUUAAAAAGUUGCGGAAAAGUAUAAUAGCGGUAUUGCGUAAAGACGGAAAUACUCGUCAUUGGCGGGGAAGCGUUUUCUCUUGAUUGACAAGAUAUCUCGUCAAUUGUGGCGAAAGAGUUAAAAAGUCUGAAACAGAUGGUGAAUCUUUUACUGACAUUAAAUGAUUUAAUGUCUCUUCUUUCAUUUCUAGUUCACACCCAUAGAGUGAAAGUGAUUGAGAUCUUCAGUGAAGCUCCUCCUACAACAAUCCACCAAUAAAUGCUGGAGACAAACACACAGAGAAAUCACUCCAUGUGUGACAACUGAAAUCUUCAUGACAUAAUGUUGAUGCUGGUGAAAGAGGAGCUUGAGAAGAUGACAGAUCCACAACCAUGCAGAAUAAAGGAUGAAGAUACUGAGGAACAAAUAGGAUUCCCUAGAGUCAUAGGAGCAAUAGCCUGCCCUGCACACCUGUUGCAAUCUCCACAGCUCUAGGAGAACAUGAGGCAGAUUAUGUAAACAGAAAAAAUAUUUCACAGCCUUAAUGUUCAGAUAUGAUGGAAGUGAAAGAGGAGAGUCAAGCUGAAGUGGAUGAGAAACAUCAGAUUGUAAAAAUAAAUCAUAAUGUUUCACAGAAAGAAACUCUGAAGACAGAAGACAUAAAGUGUGAAAAUAGUUUCAGUGAAGAUGAACGCCCUGCAGAUCACAAGAGGACUCACAGUGAAGAGAAACCUUUAACAUGUCAACAGUGUGGAAAGAGUUUCAGAACAAAAGUUAACCUUAAAGUACACAUGAGGAUUCACACUGGAGAAAAACCAUUCACAUGCCAACAGUGUGGAAAGAGUUUCACCUUUCAGUCGAACCUUAUCCGCCACAUAAAAGCUCACAAAGGGGAAAAGCCACACGUGUGCCACCAUUGUAACAAGAAUUUCCCAGAUAGAAGUCAACUUAAGAUACACAUGAGGUCUCAUACAGGAGAGAAACCUUACACUUGUCAUCUGUGUGGAAAGAGGUUCAGAACAAAUCCUAACCUUAAAGCACACAUGAAGAUUCACACUGGAGAGAGACAACACGUGUGCCAUCAGUGUGGAAAGAGUUUUAUAACUGCAGCUGAACUUAAGAUACACACAAGGAUUCACACUGGAGAGAAACCUUACACUUGUCAACAAUGUGGAAAGAGUUUCUCUAUUGAAAGUAACCUUAAGAUUCAUGCAAGAAUUCACACUGGAGAGAAACCGUUCACAUGUCAACCGUGUGGAAAGAGUUUCACCUUUCAAUCGAACCUUAACCGCCACAUGAAAACUCACAGUGGGGAAAAGCUACACCCGUGCCACCAUUGUGACGACGAGUUUCCCAAUUAGAAGUCAACUUAAGAUACACGUGAGGUCUCAUACAGCCCUCCUGAAAAAUCCAGCUAAGACCAGCAUAGGCUGGUGAGCUGGUUUUGCUGGUGUAGCAAGCUGGUCUAGCUGUGUUUUGGUCACUUUUUAAGCUGGUCUAGCUGGACUUAGCUGGUCAGGCUGGAAGAACCAGCGUAAACCAGCUAGUGCCACCUUAAACAAGCUAAAACCAGCUACCAGCUUAUGCUGCUCUUGGCUGGAUUUUUCAGUAGGGAGGAGAGAAACCUUAGACUUAUCAUCUGUGUGAAAAGAGUUUCGGAACAAAUCCUAACCUUAAAGUACACAUGAGGAUUCAAACGAACGUGUGCCAUCACUGUGAAAAGAGUUUUAUAACUGCAGGUGAACUUAAGAUACACAUGAGGUCUCACACUGGAGAGAAACCUUACACUUGUCAACACUGUGGAAAGAGUUUCUCUAUUGAAAGUACCCUUAAGAUACAUGCAAGAAUUCACACUGGAGAGAAACCUUUCACAUGCCAUGAGUAUGAAAAAUGUUUCAGAAGCAAAAGUAACCUGAUAACACACAUGAAAAUUCACAAAGCAGAGAAACCUCACACGUGUCUUCAGUGAUA